AUGGCGUCUAUUCGACUCGAACCGAGUGUUCUGGACGGUGCUACGGUUGGGAUCGAAGAGUUUAUCGACAACUGCACAGGUCGAUUGGUUGUGCGCGGCUGUAUCAAGUCGAAACCUGAGGACUUUAUCGUGCGCGAGAUUAGUGCAGCUGGUGAUGUGGUGGAAUUGAACGAGCAGAGCGACUGUUUGCCGUCAGAGAGCGAGCGCAUCGCUAUUCUGGAGAAGCUCGAAGCGGAACAGCAGCAGAAGGCGAAGAAGGAGAAACUCGAGUUCGAUGACCCCGUGGCCGGUUGGCCCUCAGCUCUGAUGGAGCUGAUUGGACCUGCUGGACGUGAAUGUAUCGAAAGCGUGGCGGCGGGACAGGUUGAGAGGGCCCUUAUCGCAUCACCCGCGACAUUGAGAGAGCGAGCGUACCUUCAAAAUUGUAUCCAGAAUUGCUUCCCAGCGCUAGACUGUAAAGCGUGCCAGGUGCUAGACAUUGACGGGCAUGCAAUGCAGCAGAUACAAGUAGUGUUGGACCCUGUUUACAAAAAAUUGCAGAUGGGAGGAAUGGCGCGAAAGAAUUGUGAUCGUCUACUCACACUCCUUCGAAAAGGAUCUUGUGACCCGACGGCUUCAAAAGGACUCGAGCUCGAGCACAAGAAUACGAAAGAAGCUCGGACUACGCUGCACCGCUUGAUUGCCAAGAGCUCGUCGUGUCUCAGAACAAAGACCGAAACCCGAAAUCACACGCAGCGCUUGGUCGCGUAUUUCCUGCCAAAGAAGACAAGCAACCGAAAGCGGAUUCGCUCCCAGCCUCAGGCGUAUCUUCGCUUCGUGUUACAGAAGACCAACUUGGAGCAUUUCUCGGCUUUCGAUACGCUGGCUCGCAGAUUUCAUCACCCAUUGUCAGCGUUUUCUUACGCAGGCACGAAAGAUAAGGCAGCUAUCACGUUCCAGCACGUCGUGGUCAGUGGAAUCGAUCCUGAUCAGCUCUUGAAUGUCAACGCUAGCGAAGACAAUGCGACGGCGGGAAUUCGAGUAGGCAACCUCAAAUAUGUAGAAUCGCCAAUCGCUUUGGGUGGAUCGAAUGGAAACAGGUUCUCGAUCGCAGUCCGUGGUCUUUCGUCCGAGACGGAUUGCACUGCAGAGAGUAUCCGAUCGUCACUCGAGUCUGCGCUGAAGAACAUCGAGCAUCAGGGCUUUGUCAACUACUUUGGUUUCCAACGUGUUGGUCUCCCAACGACCACCGUGAGAGCGCACCACAUUGGGGAGAAAAUGAUUGCCAGCAAAUGGGAAGAGGCUUUCCGGUUGAUUCUAACGGUCAGGCACGCGGAAUCCGAAGAUGCUGCGAACGCAAAGCAGCUCUAUCUUGAGUCGGGUGACAUUGACGCCGCUCUCAAGCUUAUGCCGCUCGGCAUGUCGGUCGAACGACAAGUACUUCAGGGUUUGAAGCGAUACGGAAGUGACGCGUUUGAGCAGGCAGUUCAGAGUAUUUCGUUUUCUCGUCGCAUGAUGUACAUGCACGCGUACCAAAGUUACAUAUUCAAUCGGGUGGCGUCGUUCCGGUUGCGUCACUGCGGAGUGAAGGUUGUUGAAGGGGAUCUGAUUCAGCGCGACGCCCAGAACGGAAAAGCAGUGAAAGCAGCUACUGCUGACGAAGCAAAGGAGCUGAAUGCAACUCACCAGUUUGCAAUGGGACUCGUUGUUUUGCCGCUAGCUGGAACAAGCGUUGUGCUUCCAUCAAACUCGACAAAAGACGUAUACGUCAAGAUAAUGGAGCAAGACGGCACGAGAGAUGCUCUCCUCGAGUCCGGGCCAGUAAAAGGUGCGUAUCGACCUCUGGUCGCAUACCCGCAUGACAUGGAGUGGACUUGGCAUCAAGACAACGACGAGCCGCUCUCAUUGCACGUCUCGUUCUCGCUUGACAGUGGCUGCUUUGCCACUAUGUGCUUACGUGAGGUGCUUCAUUCAGACAUGUAG